CAUGCAAGGAGACCGAGUGUAUCUCUCGGUUUGAAUCCGUGAAUACGGCGGCUUUCUCCGAUCGGAAAUGACGGCUACUACGUUCUUCGUUUGCAUGUUCGGCCUCGUGGUGUUCAUCGCCUCCUCCGUCUGGCCUCGACAAGCCGGAACUCCGCUCUAUCAAACCGAGGAUGGCUUCACAGCCAUUACGUAUGAUGGGCUGCGAAUGGCCGUGGAGAGCCGGCGUGUACUGCUCAUAGACGUCCGAAAUGUCACAGAAGUCAUGAAAUUUGGCAAGAUUCCCACUUCAUAUGUUCUGCCGUGGAUCCCAGCUGGCAGCAUUCCCAGAGGCAUUCUAUACAGGGAAACAUAUUAUCUUGGGAAGUCUCUCUCCCCUCCCAAUGCAGUGCACGAAUUAAAGGAAGCUUGGCGUCUGGAGGAUAAGGAUUUCCAAGAGACGUAUGGCUUCGCAAGACCUGAUCCCCCCGGUCAAGGUGUGAUCAUUACAUGCCGAUCCGGUCGAAGGGCACGGGUCGCCAUCAACUAUCUCCGGCCACUUGGAUAUGACAAAAUCAUCUUGUAUGCAGGGAGUUACUUGGACUGGGUGGCCAACAAUGGGGCCUUGGAGUAUCCCUAG